AUGGAUAUAGACGGGUCUUCUGUACCUGGAGAUAUUGAUCAAAAUUUAUUAUUGCAAUUUAGUUGCAUGAACACUACAGAUCGAGAUGAACUUAUUAAUCAAAUGCAAAGGCUUCUUGGUCCUUCUAUCAAUCCUAAUACUGCCAGUUUCUUCUUGGAUAUGAGUAAUUGGAACUUACAGACAGCAAUUUGUUGUUAUUUAGAUUAUAAUUUACCACCAAAGUUGCCAUCUAUGUCUUUAAAAGCUGCUCAAAGUCAAGAUACUGCUGUGAGCCCUGGAGCUUGUUUUGAACAAAGUUGGAGUAUUGCUAACACUGGGAUAGAAACCUGGCCAGGUAGCUGUAGACUGAUACAAGCUGGUGGUGAAUGUUUUGGUGCCACCCCAGUAUAUUUACCUCCACUGCCUGCUGGACAUUCCACUACAAUGACAUUAAAGCUUGUAGCUCCAUCCACACCUGGUACUUAUAAGGGAUACUUUCAUUUGGUGACAGAAAAAGGUGACCAAAUUGGAGAUACAUUAUGGGUGGAAAUCACUGUAGAAUCUGAGAUGACUAUGGCUCUUGUAGAACAACUAGCAGCAUUACCCGUCCCUAGUAGUAAUAGCCAGAUGCCAUCACAAGAUGACCAAAUGUGUUGA